GCGAAUUUGACAGACGUCAAAAUCAUAUUGUCUUAUUUUAACAAAAAGCAUGCACCGAAGAUGAGAGUUGGCAAGAGCCCUAAUUUUCUAUAUUUUUCGAAAAGUUUCGCGUAAUUUCCGAUACCGAUGGUGUGAAAAUGUCGAAACAAAGUGAACCGAGCAGUCCCAGUAAUCAGCUGCCUUUGGACUUUCAAACGGCGAGCGAAAACCAGCCCUUCAUUGACUUCGCACUGUGGGAAUGUUUGAACCAACUUGACUCAGCUCGCCCGGAAAACGACAUUAAAAAAGCAAUAAAAAAUAUUGUCACCCUUUACGAAGGCUCCAAAGAGAAUAUAACCUUGCGUACAGAAGCUAGAAAUGUUAUCAUUAAACUUUUCACUAAAUUCAAUGGCAAAAAGCAGCUUAAAAAAUACGUGCAAGAUCUUGUAACUAAACACAAUCUAGUUAACGAGAUUAUAAAAGAUCAAACCGAACUUUUCGUCAACAAAAUCAAAGUUGAAAAACAGUGCAAUCUGAAAAAUUGUAAUGAGUUUUUGCACUUCAUUUCCGUUGUACAGACGUCACCAAAUUACGAUUAUGAACAGAAUUUUAAACCAUUGUUUCCUCUCUACAUGGAUCUGUUUGAUAGUUUUGCUAUUUAUGCAAGCAAAAUCAAACAAGACCUCAUUCCCGAAAUAGAAGAACUCAAUUCAGUUAUGAAUGCAGUACUGAAACAAAUUCUGCCAGUUUUUGUCAAAAAUAUUUCUUUCCUCAACGAAAUUAAAGAUAAAUAUUUUCAAUUUUUACUAAUGUACUCCUACAUUCUUCUAUUCAAUGAAAAGAUCGGCUUUGAUUUAAGAAUGAAGGUUUGUCUGAUUUUUGUUUACACCUUUAAUAUUGUAGAAGGAGAAAGUAUGAGUGUGGCACAAUUGAUAAGCCAAAACUGUAAACCAUUUAAUUUGUCGGUGAAUCCUUCAGAUGGCGAAGAAACUCCAAAUGAUUAUCUCAUUAUUAUUUACUCUGCAAUACUUAGUGUGCUGCCAGAAGAAAAAAUAGUAUCAGAGAAAGUUGACGGCAAAUCAUUAUUGAUUGUCCUUUUUGAGGGUAUUUUAGACACUGCCAAAAGUAAUACAGCUCAUUCGUCAAUGAUAGUAGAAGCUAGCAGAACGCUAUAUCAGAUUUCUAAACAUUUAAAAAAUAUUCCAUUAGAUUUAGUAAAACCGUUGUUCCUAGAAGGCUUGUUUUAUGUUUCGGCAAAUGCAGAUCAUUUUAUUGAUACAGUAAGGAACUAUGCUAAACUAUUUUUUGUGGAAUUGGUGGCUCUGGCUUGCCAUCACCAAAGAAAUGGUUUUACUGAGUUAACCGAUAUUAUGAUGGAUAAAAUCAAGGAAAUUUCAGAAGAAAGUACAAUCAAAUUUUUCGCUUAUGAAAAUAUUAUCAGAUUUUUUGGCUCUUCUUUUUUGUUAGAGUCAUUUGAGAAUUUGCCUUUGGUUUUAUUGGAGAGUAUUGAUAAUCCUUAUGUUACAGAUCAAGUUUGCAAAACAUACCAAUUCUUAGUUGAAAGAAGUUUUUAUACUUACUCCUGUGAGGAGGAUUGGGCGAAAACUUGGGUUAUGCCAGCAAUAAAUAUCUUAAAAUCUGGACGAGUAUCUAAGGCUUUUUGUAAAAAAAUUAUCAGUGCUGCAUUCAAGUUACAACCUGCCAUAUUAAGAAUGAUUUUUCCAAAUGAUUAUGUGGGAUCUGUAGAAGAAUCCAAAGUACUCUUACACUGUUUACAUAACGCUAGAAAAAGUGGUAUUGAGUUGAGGUUGGAUAAAGACGGUAAUUUGUAUUGGAGGGGCCUAAUUGACAAACAUAAAAUGGAUAUGUUUAUGAUACACCAAGAUGAAGAGGUUAGGUUGUUGGCUUUAGCCUCUGUAGCUGAAAGUUUGAAAUCUACGGAACUGUAUUUAGAUUGGGAAUUUAUAUUUCUGAUCAGUUUCAUCCGAUACAACAUCACUGCACAAUCACCCAAUGUUCGCAAACAGAUUGCUUCCUAUUAUAAAAAAGCAUUAACCAGAUAUGAUGCUGGUUUCAAGGUUAUUCAGAGAAGUAUUGCCAGUUUAAACAAGUGUCUGGAAGUAAACAGUGGUGGCAGGGAUCAUAAGAAAUUUUUGGUUUUGUAUCAGGAGCUUAAGAAAUCUUAUAGGAGGUUUAUUUGUAAUUUGACCAGAAUUUUGAUUAGUAACUUAUCAUACGAUUCAAAUUUCCCUAGAAGAGCUACUAGCCUAGAAUUAUUGCUAGUAAUUCGGGACAUCUUACAUCCUGACGAAUGGAGAAGCUGCUGGAAUGAAGACGACGUUAAAAAUAGCCACAAUAUUUUAUUUGACACUUACGAAAGUAAUAAAAAAAUGAUUGUUAAACUUCUAAAGACGUUGCCGCCAUAUUAUUUAGGCUUUACGAACGUCACUUUUACAUUUAAAUACAUGCAACGCAGUUUUGAACUAGCGCUUGAUGUUAAGCCUAACAAGACCCUUUCCGCUGCAUAUUUAUUUGAAGUAUGUUCUUAUUCUCCAUUUUUUUAUGACAUCGUCCAUUGUGAAUGUGGAGAAGAAGCUAAAAAGUCAAAUGAGCCCACAUUAGUAAUGAUUGUUGUGUUAACGAGGAAAUUAAUCAAUGAAAGUUCUGGAAUAGCUAUAGACAAUAUUAUGGAAACUAAAACAGGUGUUUACGGGUUGAUUUUAAGUAUCAGACAUUUGUUGGACAAUCGUGAAAUGGAGCAACAUAACGACACAUACUCAGGAGUAUUUGAACUUCUAGUAUCGACUUGCUUUGACAUAAGCGAGAAAAUAAUGCCAGUCGUAUGCAAUCCGUCCCCUGAAGGCUAUUUGCCAGACAGUGUUGAAGAAAUCUGUGAUAAUGACGAGUCACCCAAGGCUCAAAAAGUACUAGUAUAUGCUUGGCGAACUAUGAAAGAAAUGACCUUACUCCUGGCCGAAAUUGUCAAACAGUCUAUAAAACUAGAAAAUCAAAUAAUAAUGCUUCCUGAGGAACAACUGAUUGAAAUCGGAAUUUUUUUCGUCACGGUUUUUAUCCAAAGUAAGCACAGAGGAGUGUUUGAACAAGCCUAUGUGGGCUUCAGUAUGAUUUGCGAAUAUUUCUGGAAAUCAUCGAGACAAAAUAUUUCAAAUCUACCCAAGCAGUGGCUGCAAGAAGCUUUAGAUUUGUGUACUGGGGAGAAACUUUCCGAGGAUUUGUGCCCUACAAGAAGAAGCGCAGGGUUGCCAUUUUUAAUCCUCUCAAUCCUGACAUCAGCACCAGAUCCAUCAUAUUUCCAUAACAGUAUAUCCACUUUAUGUAAACAUGUAGAAUAUGAAGAGAAGGGUAGCAAUGACGAAACUCGUAUGCACUGUCUGAAUGUUCUUAGAGCUAUGUUUAGGCAUAGCAAGUUAGGAGAACUUGUAGCUCCCUAUGUUGCUAGAGGGGUUAUUUUGGCUAUCACAGGAUUUAAAAGUGAUGCUUGGGGGAUUCGAAAUUCCUCAACUCUUUUAUUCGCCUCUCUCAUUACUAGGAUGUUUGGCGUUCAAAGAUCAACAGAUUCUGAUCACCUUUGUAUUAAGAAUAAACUUACUGUUAAAGUAUUUCGUUUAAGAUAUCAAGAACUUUACGAGUUUAUUCUCAAUAGUUUAGCUGAAGAAUGUCAUAACAAAUCUAGUUUGAUACUGCAGCCUCUAUUGAUGAUUUUAUCUAGACUGUAUCCCGGGCAUCUUGAAGAAGAGUAUUCUGAAUAUUUACCAUACAUUGACGUUUGUUUGUCGAAUCCAGUUUAUAGGACGAGAGAGGCGGCUGCUAGAGCUUCUGUGGCUUUAAUUGAUAUAAAAUGUGUCAAGGAUCAUUUUGAUAAAUGUUUUAAGAAGAUUUCAAAUCCGGAAAUUAGUGACAAUGAAUGUCAUGGCAUCUUAUUACAGGUUUUUUACAUAUUAAAUCUUCUACAAAUACAAGAAUUGCCUCUAACAGAUUACCUCAAAUUGAGUGUCCACAUUUGGGAAAAUUCUGGCAGAAAGUUUAGUCAUAUGACUGUAAAUCUUUAUACGGAAUUGAUAACACUAUUUUUAUGCAUAUGUCGAGACUAUGAAGAUCUUCAUUGGCUGAAAACAAUCCUGCUAAACCUAUCAAAAAAUGUCAAAAAACCAACAGCUCCUCUUACCUGGAAAGGUAAUUUUAUCUUGACCCGUACCAUUUUAGCAUAUUUUAUCAUAGUGAACAAACUUGAAGAGACUGAUUCAACAUACUCUACCAUAACCAAUGAGAUUAUGUCAAUUUUAUAUGGGCCUCAAACUAUAAUGAAAAAGUUCUGUUUGGAACUGCUCAUUUGUCUCAAUCAGGCACUUUUUAUGUAUAACAAGUUGGAUAAUGUUUUAGUUGGGUCAGCAGUAGGACGAUUUUCCACAGAUAGAACUAAUUUGCCUCCAUUAGAAGCGAGCGAACAUAGACAUCCUCUUUUCAUUACCGGAGACAUGGAAAUCAACAAAAGUAUAAUCGAUUUAGUCACAUCGUUUCCAAAACUUUCUGUGGAAAAUAUUUUGAAGCACAUUCAUCUCUAUCUGAAAGGAUUCCUGAUGGAGGAAUUGAAAAUUCAACAUUAUAUACGUGAGGAGGACAGGGUUUUGUUAUUUUUACUGUUAGAUUAUUAUCCUUGUGCCAUUAAGUUUUUAAGAUUAAGCAAGCAAGAAAGCCUUAACACUCUCUUAAGCUAUUGUGACUGUGAUAAUGAAGAGCUCAUCAGUGCUGUGAUAAGUUGUAUAAGUACGUUUUUGUCAGAGGUGGAUUAUAAUCUCUUGAAGUAUGACAAGUUAUUGGAAAUACUCUCAAAAUCAGCGUCUCCGGCUGCCCCUCUGCAUCUUCGGUUGGCUGUAUGUGAUUUUCUUUGCCAGAACUAUGCCUUGUACUGUAACGAGGAUCCUGGACUGAAAGGUGACGAGUUAUGCACAGUGAUCAACAUUGUCAUGGUGCUAUUGGAGGAUGAAGAUUUAGACGUUCGGAAUGGCAUAAGCAAUUACGAAAAUGCUUUCAAAGUCCGAGUUAAGGUUGAUAAUACUGUGAGCCAAACAAUACCAUGUUAUAAAUGGCCUGUAGUUCCUGAAAAAGCUAAAGAAGAUCUGAUUCAUUUGAUUACAGUGCUGUUGCCCCAAGAAAAAGCUGUUUGUCUCAUUUUUUCAUGGGCGUGUCGUUAUUUUCCAGAUCCUUGCACUGACUCUCAAGAGAUUUUUGACAGAGGUGGCCUAAACCAGUACGCUGAAAAUACACCGCUAAUAGACAUUUGCUCACGCGUUCUUAUAAAAAUGCUUUGGACCUUACCAGACGGCCUCACUUACGACGACAAAUCGAUUUUCCUAGAAGAGCAAACUCAAAUCGUAACAACAAUUCUAUUGAAUUCGCUUGUGAAAUACAAUUCGCCGAUGAUGAUAUCAAAAACGAAAACGUCUGUGAUAGUCGGCCUCAAAUCUUUGUACAAUUACCUUGAUAAUGUUGAGUUCGGCAACAAUUUCGUCCACAAUUUCCGCGUGUAUUUGAACGAAACUAUUUUGAUUUAUUUGACCAAUAAUUUGAUGCACAGCGAUUUGUUCUGUGUGAAGAAGAUCAUCAAAAAAUUGUAUGAUCCAGUGUUUAGGCAGCGAAGAUGAAAGUACACCACCGUCUGAGGACGGUGAAACUAUACAGUAUAUAAUAGUUAUAGGAUUAGGGCACAAAACAAUUCGCUUUUCUUUUUUGUACUUUUGAGGAGUAUUUGGUGUGGUUAAAACAAUGACCUAAAUGUUAAUUUUUGUUUCAAAAAUCUUCCUUUUUUUAGUUUUAUAAGCCACAUUAAACAUUCCUCCAUUUAGUUUUAUAAUCAGUCAAUGAACAGUCGAUUUUUUGUUUUUAAUAAUUAGGUUCCUAUUUAUGUAUCUUUCUGUGGAUUAAUGUCAUAUUCAAUAAAUCUUUCUAUUCUCAUGAUUAGUAUUUUAAUUUAACCAGCUUUUAGGGGGGGAAUUUAAUAAAAGAAAAUCUUUAAUAUAACGUAACGUAUAUAAUUAUUUAUCGGAAAACGCAACAUAUCAACAAUAAAAUUGCUUCUUUUUUUAAAACGAUAUCAACAAUUAUUAAUAUUUCUUAAACAUCUUCCAUCCAGUUUAAAUUGAAAUCCUUUGGAAGCUUCCACUAUCUUAAUUUGAAUGAUAAUUUCAAAAGCAUACACUUCAACUGAAAUUCCAAAUAAGUAUUUUUGUGCCAUCUUGCUCAGUCUUAAUUUUCCUAUAAUUUUUCCUCCUACAGUUUAUCGCAAAUUUUUUCGCUACACAAAAAUGAUUGAUUGUUUUUAAGCUAAAUCUUGAUUUGAUUGUAAUGAUUGUUCACUAAGCUGAUUGAAGGGAUUUAAAAUGAAUUUGCAGGCCACAUACUAUAUUGGAAUUGGAAUCCAAUUUUCAUAAACAUAGAUGAAUUUUUCUAUUUAUUUUCCCAAGAUUUUGGAAAUACAUAUAUUGCCUGUAAAUUCUAGUGAAUUGAUAACAAAUUCAUUCCUAGAGCAAAAAAUUGACUAACAAUUUCAACAUCUUAAUUACAUUACGUUAAUAUAAUAUAUUUUUCUUAUAAUUAAUUACUAUAUAUAAAUAAACUUCAUUAUUAGUUAUAACUGAAUGCCAUUUGAUAAGCGUAAUUUUGUCUACAGGGUCAUUUUAGGUAGUACCGCGUUUUAGCAACUAGUGAUUUUAGGUUUGAUAAGCUGAUUGCCAACUGAUUUGUACCAAUUAAAAAAAAAAACUAUUUAUAGAAAUAGUGGUAGGUACCACAUAAAAACUGACCCUGUGUCAUGAUUGGAAUAUAGUCAAUAUAAUAAUGACCAUUUUCCAUAUUAAAAGCGAAUAAUUUUAUAAAUAUUUUCUCCCUAGAAUCGGUUAACAUUUACUCAUAAUAAUUUUUUGUAUCUAAUAACAUAAUCACUUGUAUUAUUUGCUUAUAAGCUGAGCCUAAUAACAUCACAAAACGUAUUACUUUAGUUAAAAAGCUUCUGGCCAUUAGACAAACUCUGGAUUUAUAUUGAGGAUAAAUUAUUCUUGCCAUGUAGACUACACACCUAGUCAUAAAAUAAGAUUUCGUUAAAAUUAAAUAUAGAAACUGCAUCAGAGUACUUUUGGAAAUUGUCAAAAUCCAUAAUAUGCCCAUCCAUAAACUUGUGUAAACCACAAAUGCAUUAUUCUAUAACUACACAUUAGAAAAGCUGGAAAAGUUUAAAGUGUGCCUAUAGCUACAUAGAAAAGGAUCACAAAGCUAGAGACUGCUGUCAGCUCUUGUCUUGGACUGACUUGAUUUUUUUUACAUAGUGCUGCUUGUAGACUGGCUCUCAGUAUCGCUCGCUGUACUGCCUGAUAUUAUGAUUUUUUUAGGUAAAGGCUGUG